AUGGCGUCCCUGAUCUGGAAGUGGAAGAGGGUGUCGCUGCGGCUCCUGUCGGGUCUCCGGCCGCGCUGGACAUGGAGAUGGAGAUGGAGAUGGCUGCUCUGCUGGACCAUCGGCGUCUACCUCGUCUCUUGUCUGCUGUUGGCCUCGCGGCCGUUGUUCUCGUCCACCCUCCCGCCAUACACGGGACCCUACUCGGUGGGGGCGAUCGACGUCGAGAUCCCGACGGAGCCUCGUACGAUCCAUCCUGCCCGGUUCAAGGACAGUGGCCAGGCGGCUUUUCAGCUCGAGACCGUCCUGUUCACCCUCUACUAUCCCUCCACCAGAGGGAUGGUCUCUCUCUCACCCCACCCGCAUCACCUAUGGAUGCCUCGGCCGCUGGCCAUCACCGGCGCCGGAUACGCGCGCUUUGCGCAUUUCAGCAACCUGUUCAGUAACGCCGUGCUCACCUUCAGCCUGUGGUUCUUGGUCGGCAACACCAAGAUCCCCGCUCAGGUCGACGUGCCGCUGCACGACGACUCGGUGGUGCUGCAGUCGCCUGACCCGCUCAAUGAUCCCGUGCUCUUCGACGACGGCUUUCCCGUCUUGGUAUUCUCGCACGGCAUGGCCAGCUCGCGCACCCAGUAUACCCAGUAUUGCGGCGAACUGGCCAGCCGCGGCUUGGUCGUGGCCGCCAUCGAGCAUCGUGAUGGCAGUGGACCGGCCACCGUGAUCAUGAGUCCGGAUCCGGAUACCCACAACAAGAACAAGACCAAGGACCGCAUUCUGCUGCAUUUCUCACAUGGCGAUUUGAGCCACGAUGCCGACCUGGAUGCCGAAACGUUCAAACAGGCCCAGCUUGAUUUCCGCCAGGCCGAAGUCGAAGAGACGGUGCGCGUGCUCAGACACAUCAACGAGGGUGCCGGCCACACCAUCUUCUCCACGAACCUGCGCCGCGAAGGCCAACAUCUGCCAAAAUGGAAGGGCCGGCUUGGUUUGAACAAUGCCACCAUUGGAGGUCAUUCUUUUGGUGCCACGUUGGCGCUCCAAACACUGAAGAACGGUCCGUCGGCUUUUCUUCCAUUCAAAAGCGCCGUGGUUCUUGAUCCGGGCAAGUCGAGCGGACCUCUGAACCACGACGUCCAGGUGUCGACCCUGGUCAUCCACUCCAACUCGUGGUCGCGCCGCCACUCCAUCUUCUUCGGCCGGCCGCACUUUGACGUGGUCAAAGAUGUGGUUCAGGGCAUUUUGGACCGAGGCAAGGACGCCUGGUUUUUGACUUCGUGGACUUCUCAUCCCUCAGUCACCGACGCGCCCCUAAUUGAGCCCUGGCUCCUCCGCUGGACCACCGGCUCGACCAUCGACGCACACGAAGGUGUGCGACAGUACGUGCACAUGUCGGAAAAGUUCCUGCGCUACCAAACCACCGGCCACAAGACCGGUCUGUUGUCCCAGUGCGUCACGCAUCCCGAAUAUAAUGUCGUCGAUGCAAAUAACACCCACGUCGACGAUCCCGCUUGGAAGAGAACCUUUUCCAAGUACUGGCAGAUCCAUGUCGCUCCUUGUACCUCCUCACCCCUACGGGUGGAUAUGGAUCUGGAUAUGGUUACACAAGGCGGACCUCCGUAG